AAAAUGCUUAUAAAAUAUCUUGUGCUUCUUGUUCUCUGGUGCGUAUUGGCAAUUAGAGCUGAUGAUAUAUACGGCAGAUAUUGUAAUGCGUUCGGUGGCGAACCGGGAGCAUGUAUGCCCAUUGAAGAAUGCCCAGAACUCCUAGAAAUUAAGAAUUCGCCAACUAUACCCCCUGAAGUGAAAAAUAUAAUUUUGAGGGGAAGCGUUUGCCCAGGACCAGAUUCGGCGGGUACCUUUUGCUGUGCAGAAAUAGCAAAUGCUGAAGGCAUCCGAAAAUUAAAUCAAACAGACACUUGUGGAAUAUAUAAUGCUCCUGACGCGGGCACAGAAAAUGAGUCGCAAGAAAUUUCAAUGCCUUGGAUGGCUUUGCUGAUAUAUGAAGAUCCUGAAAAGAAAAACUCUCCAACAGGAAUAAAAGGAUGUGCCGGAACUCUUAUAACGGAAAAAUUUGUUUUGACGGCUGCCAAUUGUUUAUUUUUAAAUGGAAUGGAACUCAAACAAGUACGUUUGGGUAACGAUGGCACCCAAUAUGUAAGUUAUGGCAUUGAAAAGAUCAUAGUACAUGAGAGAUAUGAAAAUCCAAGUCAAAUGUACAACAUAGCACUUGUGAAAUUAGCAGGCACAGUGGAAUACAAAGGAAAUAUCAGACCAAUUUGUUUACCAUUCGACAAUGAAGUACGAAGCAAAGCUUAUCUGGAUAAAAAAUACCAAACCAUUGGCUGGGGACAAACUGAAAAUUUCGAGUUUACGAAUGAUCUGAUGAUGGCCUCUUUUCAACGUAUAGAUCAAUUUAAAUGCAAAUAUAGCAAAACAAUAUUAUGUUUAGGAGAUGUUGAAACUUGUGUUCCGAAUAUUGGCAGCCCCUUGAUGAAUACGUAUACGGUGAAUGGACUUGAACGCGUUGUUCAAGCUGGUAUCGCCAACACUUUCAUAAGUCGCUGUGGCGCUGGAGGCCCAGUUGCCUAUACCAAUCUGGGAGAGUAUAUUCCAUGGAUAAGUCGCCAAAUAGUCAAAUAAUAAAUUCUAAUGACUUGUAAAAUAAUCUGUACUGCAUUUCUUUAAAGUACAUAAUAUCAAUAUAAAUAUAUUUCCAAUUGUAUUCAUCAUAAUAAUAUUAUGCAAAAUAAUUAAAAAACCAUUUAGAGCUAUUCGAAA